AUGGCCAUUAACAGCGUUAGAUUAGUAGCAGACGCGUAUUUGGUUUGUAUAACUCACGCCUUGUCGACGGAACGAGAGGAAGUCAUGGGGCUUUUAAUUGGAGAAGUGGACGAGAAACAAGUAUCACAUAUUUCAGCUGUUAUAAUGUUGAGAAGAUCUGAUAAAAGACCAGAUAGAGUUGAGAUUUCACCAGAACAAUUAUCAGAUGCUUCUACCAAGGCAGAGAUGCUAGCGAAAGAAUUAGAUAGACCAAUGAGAGUUCUAGGAUGGUAUCAUUCUCAUCCACAUAUUACUGUUUGGCCAUCACAUGUUGAUGUUCAAACACAAGCUAUGUAUCAGAUGUUAGAUGAUUGUUUCAUUGGUUUAAUUUUCUCAGUUUUUAACGAAGAUAAAAAUAGCAAGCAAAAUCGAGUCCAGCUGACAUGUUUUCAGUCUAUGAAUUAUGGAGGACAAUAUGAAAGAGUAGAAGUUCCAGUUCAUAUAGUGCCUAGUUCUGGAAUUGGUUCCCCAGCUUUAGACUCUCUAGUAGAAUUACCCAGAAUCCUCAGUAUGGAGGAAGAGGAAGCAUAUAAUCAGACAACAAGAGAGAAAGACCUUGACCUUAUUACAAAAAUACAAAACGCAUCAGUUUAUACAAAAUGUCUCUGUCAUAUUAUGGAGGUUAUGAGUGGUCCUUUAAUACAAUCUCUAGAAAACAGACUGAAAAUGAACCAAUUAAAAAUGGAACAGUUAUUACAACAACGGGAGGAUCUAAAACAACGCUUAAAAUCAGUGAAAAAUUCUUGA